UCAAGAAAUCCCUUGCGACUCAGGUAAGCGCCACCCUUUGUUUGAAUCGAACCAUUUCAGUCGCUGCUUUCUUGUCUUGGUUAUGUCUGCCACUACUGAGCCUAGCGUGCGUCCAAGACGCUGGCUAGCAUGGUACGGUCCGCAGAGGGAUGGUACCAAGGAAGUGGCCAGACCAACUCUUCACCUGGACACAGGGUUGGCGUCUUCCAGAGAGGAAUGCGAGCAGAGCGAGCAGACCAUCCAUUCUGCAGACCCAGGUGCGAGCUGUGAGUCAGGCUUAAAGACUUCGCGGCCUAGCACACCGAGACGCAACUCCAUUUCCUCCUUAUCUCAUUUACUUUCCUUGCAUUCAUCUCCUCACUCCUCUGUUUCUCAUCUACAGCAAGAUGACCAAGCCUCGCCACAGAAUGCCGCAUCAUCGUCGUCUACUAUAUCGGCCCCCUUGGCAUCUGCCGUGAAAUCACCUGAACUGACACCUCGCUCCGCCGGAUCCUUCGGGAAGAUAUCUUUUAAUUCCAUGAUGGGGGGUCUUUCCGCGCUCUCUUUGUCUCGCACGAUAACGAAUGAAGACAAAGACAAGGAAACUCGCGGACGCAAACGAAAACCUCGCUCCUCGUCUUUUCUUCCAAAGAAUCCUAUUCGUGCUCGCUCGUCAUCUCCCUUCAGUCUACGCCGUUUCCGUCCUCGCGAUCGCGAUGCAUCUCCCGCUCCUCUGCCUCUCGAAGAUUCGGACUGUGACUCUGUCAUCUCACGACGACUUGCCGUCCGGCCUCGCAAUGCUUUCACAGAUGAUAUGGAUUCAGGUUCGGAGUACGCUGGAGAAGAAACGGAAGAUGAAGAAGAUGAUUGGAGUGAAGAUGGCAUGUUUGAUUUCGUUACCGAGAGGAACACGGAGCAGAAUGCGCUUAUUGCUGCCCAUGAGAUGUCAAUGGGAGAGCUAGACCCCGAUGACGUCACUAUGGAUCCCGACCCAUUGGGUGAAGGUGUCAAUGUCGUGGUGCCACCCGAACCCUAUUUUCCUUCUACUCUGAACCGGUCGAGCUUCACCUCAAAAGGCAAACGUGGGGCCCCUAAGCGAAAGAAGUCCCGGCAUCAUGAAACUCUUCCUUUGAAGACUGAUCGUCCACUAUUCCAGCGUGAUAGGUGCACGAUCACCAUGACCCAAGGCGAUCCGGAGGCAUCAGGAAGACGGAGGCGGAUGUACAUUGUUGCUAGUGACCUCAGCGAGGAGAGUCGUUAUGCUGUUGAGUGGGGUAUCGGCACAGUGGUUCGAGACGGUGAUCAUCUGCUCAUCGUUACAGUUGUCGAGAACGAGAGUAAAGUCGACCCGCCGAUCCCCAACCAAGUGGAUCGCACCACCAGACUUCGUUCCCAACAGGAACGUCAAGGCCUUGCCUACAUCCUUGUCCGUCAAGCAACGUCACUCUUGCAGCGCACGCACUUGCACGUGACCGUAUCCUGCCAAGCAUGGCACUCUAAAAAUGCACGCCACAUGCUCCUUGAUAUUGUUGACUAUAACGAACCCACGAUGCUGAUUGUGGGGUCCAGAGGCUUAGGUCAGAUUAAGGGCAUUCUAUUGGGCUCAACAUCACACUAUCUCAUUCAACGAUGCUCCGUGCCGGUCAUGGUUGCCCGCCGCCGGCUCAAGCGGCCCCCGAAGCGCUCCGCUCAUCUUGCCAAGAACCGCAUGCACGUCUCCCUUGCGGAGGCCGGGAUUGACAGAGUCGUCCCCAAGGUUGACCAGGAUGUGGCGGUAAUGCGGGACGAGAUGCAACGUGACGACGAUCGGCGAGGUAAGGAGGAGGAGAGAGAUAUUGACGAGGAUGGGGAGGAGCCUGGGGAGGAAGGCGAAGGAGAUGGCGCGGAGGGCGAGGGGUACUUGGGCACCAAGGUUGGGGGGUGACAAAAUGCGAGCUUAAAGCUCGUUGAUUCCCCCGUGCAUUGAUUCCUCUGGGCUUUAGCAUUGAACUUCUGUUUUUUUUUUUCCACUUCAGGCGCACCAAGAUAUGAGUGGUUGUUGAUACCUGAAUGAUGGGAUGAGCACCACAGCUUGGUGUUGUACAUAUGAUAGUCAUAGACGAAAGUUUUUACUAUUUGUAACAUUGGAGCAUUAUAAAUCGAUUAAGCAACCACAUUU